AUGACAUUCGAACUCACAUUUGGAAAGUACAAGAACAAGCCAAUUGAGGAAGUAUAUGCUUCUGACCCUGGCUAUUGUCGUUGGAUGCACAACCAACCCAGCCUUAACAUUAGUGAGGAUAUCAAGAUAUUCCUACACAGCAAGUUCCUAAAUAAUGAUAAUUCAUAUAUGAUGACUUGGUGCAAGUACAAGGGUAAGAGUCUGAAACAGAUCAGUCGUAUGGAUCCGAACUACAUCGACUGGCUUCGUAAAAGUGAAUUCGUGAUUGAGAAAUGCCCAAAGCUACUCAAGGAACUUAACUAA